AAGUGUCCGGACUGGAAGGGGGGGGGGAAAGUGUCUGGACUGGAAGGGGGGGAAAGUGUCUGGACUGGAAGGGGGGGAAAGUGUCUGGACUGGAAGGGGGGGAAAGUGUCCGGACUGGAAGGGGGGGUGAAAGUGUCCGGACUGGAAAGGGGGGAAAGUGUCCGGACUGGAAGGGGGGGAAAGUGUCUGGACUGGAAGGGGGGAGAAAGUGUCCGGACUGGAAGGGGGGGAAAGUGUCUGGACUGGAAGGGGGGGGGAAGUGUCCGGACUGGAAGGGGGGUAAAUUGUGUGUGUAUGGGAGACAGUGAC